AGACAGACCGUCAGCCCAGCCAUUACAAUCCAAACAUACUUUCAUGUUCUCACAACCACUGCCAAGUCUGGCCAGAUCACCCAAGACAUGGCUACGCAACAAGCAGCUGCUCUGAACAAAGCCUACAACCCGAUCGGAGUGUCUUUCAACCUGGUCAAUACGUCAUUCACACCCAAUGAUGCAUGGUCUGUAGGCGAUGGCACUGCAAUGGACGAUGCCAAGAAAGCCCUCCGUGUCGGCACGUACAAAGACCUCAACCUCUAUUUCCACUCCGAUCUUACAGGCGGUAUCCUUGGCACAUGCACUCUACCUUCACAAGUGACGGCGCAGACCCUACCAAGCCAAUACUACACCGAUGGCUGCAACAUCAACGCCAACACCAUGCCCGGCGGUUCCAUGACUGGCUACAAUCUGGGCAUGACUGCAGUUCACGAAACUGGUCACUGGCUUGGUCUGCUGCAUACCUUUGAGGGUUACUCUUGUACCGGCGAUGGCGAUAUGAUUGCAGAUACUCCCAUGCAAUCUACCAGUACGGACGGUUGUCCCACGAAGCCGGCGAAGGAUAGUUGUCCCUCAGCCACGGGUGUUGAUCCAAUUCAUAAUUACAUGGAUUACUCUUCUGAUUCUUGCUACACGAACUUCACGCCUGGACAGGUUUCGAGGAUCCAGACGUUGUGGAAUACUUAUCGGAGUGGG